AUGCGAAUUCUCUGUCUUCUAAUUUUGUCUGCUGUAUGUAUUGGAAGUGCUAUCGCCCAACUAGGACUGGGAAUGGGAGGAAUGGGAAUGGCUCCUUAUAAUGAACCAGUUGGACCAUUUGGCGGUACACCAUAUGCACGUUUAAAAGCAAUGCAUGGUUAUGGUAUGAUGGGACACCGUGGUGGUUUUGGAGGUUUUGCAGCGAACAAUAAUAACACAUUCAUAGUAUAA